GUCUAAAAAAACAAGUCAUGGGAAAUCUACCCACUGAUCGACUAAAUGGACGAUGUCCAUUUAAAGUCAGUGGAGUAGACUUGUGUGAUCUGAUUAAGGUUUCGCCUAAAUUGCGCGCCAAGCCGAUAGUUUAUAGGAGUUCGACGGCCCGUUGCUCGACUAUAAAGCGACAAUGCCACGAACUUUGUCGGUGCAGUCCGAGAACUUCAGGACCUCGCCAAGGAAUUUGUUGGCGUGGAAGUAUGAGGCAUAUCGAACACCAGGCCAUUACCACCAACCCGAUCGACACUCAAUCCUGGACCAGCUGGUCGAGAGAAUACCUGCUCAGUCUUCGGCAGAAGCAGAAGUGGACCAAACAUCAACAAAACCUAGAGGAAGGUACCGUCGUGAUAAGACAACAUUCCGUCUUAAUCGUAGCAGCUUGGCGUCGUUACUAAGCUCUUCCCAGGAUCAGAUGAAAAAGUGCUAGUUGCUGAGAUCAAAACAAAAAAUGGAAUUUCUAAACGAGCAAUCCUUCGAUUAGCUCCGCUCCCUAUAAACUGAGUUAAGGUCAGGAUUCCUUCAA